AUGGUAGAGACAGCAAAAAAAGGACUAGUGGUUUCAUGGUGUCAGCAAUUAGAGGUUUUGACACACGAAGCAAUUGGAUGUUUCGUGACACACUGUGGUUGGAACUCCACAUUGGAAGGAGUUAGUUUGGGAGUUCCGAUGGUCACAGUGCCUGGAUGGACUAACCAAACAACAAAUGCUAAGUUCAUCACUGAUGUUUGGAAAGUAGGCCUCAAAGCUCUUGCUAAUAGUGAUGGAGUUGUUAAACGAGAAGUUCUAUUGCAAUGCAUCGAGGAAGUGAUGGUUGGAGAAAGAGGCAAUGAGAUUAGACAAAAUGCCACCAAAUGGAAGGUAAUGGCCCAAAAGACAUUUGAGUUUGGGGGAAGCUUCAACAAAGUUGUCGAUGACUUUCUCGCUAAAAUGGUUAGCCGCCUUUAUUAG